AUGGAAAGUACAAAUUGGAAACCAAAUGUUAAUAGUUGGUCGUGUGAAGGAUUCAGUCAAGAACAGAUUAAUUUUGUUUGUCAAUGUUUAUUUCAAUGGGAUGAAGGAGAACGUUUAGUUAAAUUAUUUUCAACAAAUCCCCAUUUAUUAUCCACUCCAUAUAUUAAAUCCUCAACAGUUUUGAAAGCUUAUUUAUUUGUUUUAUUCCAUAACAGACAAUUUGAGGCAUUUUUUAAAGUAAUAGGUGAAAGUAAAUUUGAGCCUUCUCACCAUUCAGACCUUAUUGAACUUUGGUAUGAUGCUAAAUAUGAAGAAGAUAGAAAUAAAAAAUUAAAAGAAUUAGUUCCUGUAGAUAAAUAUAGAAUUAGAAAGAAGAAUCCUCCGCCUAGAAGUAUUUGGGAUGGAGAUGAAUUAAUUUAUUCAUUCAGAAAAAGUGCUAGAGAGUUACUUAAAGAAUAUUACAAUCAAAAUAGAUAUCCAAAUUCUGAAGAAAAACGCGAACUUGAAAGGAAAACGGGUUUAAAUAAAAUACAGGUAAGAAUAAAAUUUAAAUAUUUAAUUAAAAAUUUAAGAUAUCAAAUUGGUUUAAAAAUCGAAGACAACGUUCAAAGGGCGAAAGGCGAAAGUAAAAAAUAA